CUUGUACUGUGUUCACAGCGCUGCCACUCCAAAUGUGUGAGCGAGGCCACCUUCUACAGACUCGUGCAGUCUUUUGCAGUUGUGCUAUUUGAGUGUUACCAGAUGGACGACUACAGCCCGGCAAAAAACCUCAUGACCAUGUGCUUCACUUAUUAUUACGUUGGAAAGUCUCAGCCGUCUCCCUCGGAGCUGUUGGAUCGCGGUGGUGCUCCAGCUGGUCUGGACUCUUAUCUCAACAAGGCUAACACCUGGCUGUCAGGGAAGAAGGACGCCGCCGAGCGCCUCCUUAAACACACGUCCAAGACUGACGUCAAAGGCUUCUUUGGGGGCCUGGAGAGCAAGCUGAGAAGCUCAGUGGCUCCCAAGUCUGACCUGAAACGUGUCCAUGUUCUGUCUGUCAGGCACACGCUGAGAUUUUGGAACGCCGCCUUUUUCGAUGCCGUCCAUUGUGAGAGGAAGAAAAGAUCUCCGACCACGAGGGGAACGCAGGAUGAAGAGAAAGACGUGAGGUCUGUCCCUCUGUUUGUCCAAAAAAACAAAAAAAAACAAGCAAAGAUCAAAGUUUAGGUGGAGGAGAAGGCAAAGGGCAGAUCUUCAUGAUGACUAAACCUGAAGGGGACAGAGAGCUUUGAGAAUGUCAAUCUAAAUGACAUAGGUCUUUACAUAGGUCUCUGCUGCUGCCAUACUGCACUUUGCAUGGUACAUACCACUUCCUGCUAAUAUACAAACUUUAUUAGGGAUACCUUGUUAGUAGAGCUGCCGUAAUUCUUCAUGGAAGAGAUUUCGUGCAUGUUGACACGUUAGCAUCACAGAGUUGCUGCAGUGAUGUGAAUCUCCUGUUCCA